GGAAAGUUUCCCGCCAUUUCACUUUAAGGAGUGGAAGGUCAAAUAUCCGCCCCCCCCCCCCCCGUUCUCUCCCCCACAUUUUCUACACUCAUUGGAGGCCCCAGCCUACGCCGCUUUACCCGCAAGGCAAGCAGCGGGACGAGACGGGCAGGAGAGAAAACCAUGAUCCUGAGGACCGAGUACAAAGGCGACAGACCAAGACACUCGAAAAGUACUCAGCGACUGCGGAAAACCAGGAGGGCGCAAAAGACCGCGACGAGAAAGAAACCAAGAGGGUUGAGCGCGGGCCCGCAGCCGGCGGCCGGAGGAGGGGCACUGCCGUUGCGAGGAGGAGGGGGCGGAGGGCGGGUUCGCCCCCCUCGACUCCGGAUUGGUCGCGCCCAGAGAGUCGAGUGACGUCAGCCGGGGAGAACGCCUGAUUUGUGUGAUGGGCGCGGGCAGGCGGAGGAAGCUCAGUGCGCAGGCGCAGCUUGUCGACUCCUCUCGCCCCAGCGCUCCGGCCCAGCUCUCGCGGACAAGUCCCGACAUCCCGCGCCCCCUCUCCGGGACCGCCCCCUCCUCCCUCUCGGCGUCGUCGAAGAUAAACAAUAGUUGGCCGGCGAGCGGCGAGUCUGUCUCCCGCCGCCGGAUUCGGCGGGCUGCGUGGGACCGGCGGGAUCCCGGCCAGCCGGCCAUGGCGGGGCUGUACUCGCUGGGAGUGAGCGUCUUCUCCGACCAGGGCGGGAGGAAGUACAUGGAGGACGUUACUCAGAUCGUGGUGGAGCCCGAGCCGACGGCUGAAGAAAAGCCGUCGCCACGGCGGGCGCUCUCGCAGCCGUCGCCUGCGCGGCGGUCCCCGGCCUCUUUUCCCGGCAGCGAAGUGUCGGGGAAAGGCCCAGCGGCUGCAGCCCGAGACGCUUGCGACCCUUCCCCGGACGCCGGGGCCUCACCGGCGCCCGGCCGCUGCUGCCGCCGCCGUUCCUCUGUGGCCUUCUUCGCCGUGUGCGACGGGCACGGCGGGCGGGAGGCGGCACAGUUUGCCCGAGAGCACUUAUGGGGUUUCAUCAAGAAGCAGAAGGGUUUCACCUCGUCCGAGCCCGCGAAGGUUUGCGCUGCCAUCCGCAAAGGCUUCCUCGCCUGUCACCUCGCCAUGUGGAAGAAACUGGAAUGGCCAAAGACUAUGACAGGUCUUCCUAGCACAUCAGGGACAACUGCCAGUGUGGUCAUCAUACGGGGCAUGAAGAUGUAUGUAGCUCAUGUAGGUGAUUCUGGGGUGGUCCUUGGAAUUCAGGAUGACCCGAAGGAUGAUUUUAUCAGAGCUGUGGAGGUGACACAAGACCAUAAGCCGGAACUUCCCAAGGAAAGAGAACGAAUUGAAGGACUUGGUGGCAGUGUCAUGAACAAGUCUGGGGUAAACCGUGUAGUUUGGAAAAGACCUCGGCUCACUCACAAUGGACCUGUUAGAAGGAGCACAGUUAUUGACCAGAUUCCCUUUUUGGCAGUAGCAAGAGCACUUGGUGAUUUGUGGAGCUAUGAUUUCUUCAGUGGUGAGUUCGUGGUAUCACCUGAACCAGACACAAGUGUCCACACUCUUGAUCCCCAGAAGCACAGAUAUAUCAUCUUGGGGAGUGAUGGACUUUGGAAUAUGAUUCCUCCCCAAGACGCCAUCUCAAUGUGCCAGGACCAAGAGGAUAAAAAAUACUUGAUGGGUGAGCCUGGACAAUCUUGUGCCAAAAUGCUUGUGAAUCGGGCACUAGGCCGCUGGAGGCAGCGUAUGCUCCGGGCAGAUAACACUAGUGCCAUAGUAAUCUGCAUCUCUCCAGGAGUGGACAAUCAGGGACACUUCACCAAUGAAGAUGAGCUCUAUCUGAACCUGACUGAUAGCCCUUCUUAUAAUAGUCAAGAAACCUGUGUGAUGACUCCUUCUCCAUGUUCUACACCACCAGUCAAGUCAUUGGAAGAGGAUCAAUGGCCAAGACUCAACUCUAAGGACCAUAUACCUGCUCUUGUUCGUAGUAAUGCCUUCUCAGAGAAUUUUUUAGAGGUCCCAGCUGAGAUAGCUCGAGGGAGUGUCCAGGCUGUGGUUAUACCCUCAAAAGAUCCAGAGCCACUUGAAGAAAAUUGCACUAAAGCUCUGACUUUAAGGAUACAUGAUUCUUUGAAUAAUACCCUGUCAGUUGGCCUUGUGCCUACAAAUUCAACAAAUACCAUCUUGGACCAAAAAAAUUUAAAGAUGUCAACUCCUGGUCAAAUGAAAGCUCAAGAAGUUGAAAGAACCCCUCCAGCAAACUUUAAAAGGACAUUGGAGGAAUCCAACUCUGGCCCCCUUAUGAAGAAGCAUAGACGAAAUGGCUUAAGUCGAAGUAGUGGUGCUCAACCUGGAAGCCUCCCCACAACCUCACAGAGGAAGAACUCUGUUAAACUCACCAUGCGACGCAGACUUAGGGGCCACAAAAAAAUUGGAAAUCCUUUACUACAUCAGCACAGGAAAACUGUCUGUGUUUGCUAAAAAGUAUCUGGGAAUCAAAGUUUUCCAAACUUAGGAUAUAAGAGGGCUUUUUAAAUUUGGCACCGAAGUUGAACUUUUUCUAAGGGGACAAAAUAAAAAGAGUAUACAGUUUGACUUUUUGGAAUUUAACAGUUUUAUCCUGGCCUUGUAUUUGCUUGUAUUAUAAUUGUGAAUUUUGUAGAUGUUAGGAUAUAAGUUGCUGUACAAUGUGUGUAAAUUUGUAUCCUUCACACAAACUCAGUCUCUUAUUCUGAUACACAGUAAUUGUGACAACAGGGCUAAAUGUUUUAAAAAAUCGGAAGAAUCUAUUAGAUUUUAGAAAUACAUUUAAACUUUUUAAAUGCUUAUUAAAAAUUUGUACAAGCCACUUGUGAUGAAAACAACACAACUUUUUAAAGUAAAUUAUUAAGCAGACUGGAAGAGUGAUGUAUUUUAUUUUCAUAGUGACCUGUGUUCCACUUAAUGUUUCCUAGAGACUACUCGUGUCUUUUAAAAAUUAUUUUUUAUUUCUAAUUUCAUAAUUCAGAACUAAAUUUUUCAUAGAAGUGUUGAGCCAUGCUAAAGUUAGCUGGAUGUUAGUUUCCUUGUCCUAAUUAAAACACUAUGCAGUAUCUUUUACUUCAUUAGCAUUUUUCUAAAACAUUAACCAUCAGAUAUACUCAUUGAAUCUUGGUGUGUGUUUGGCUAAAACAAUACCCUUCUCAGUCUUCCCAGACCAAUGGCAUUAUUAGGUGUUUAAAUAGUUACCUUCUAGUGUUUGCUUAAAUAUGUGAAGUUUUUCUUGCUAUUUCAAUAACAGAUGGUGCUGCUAAUUCCCAACAUUUCUUAAAUUAUUUUAUAUCGUACAGUUUUCAUUGAUUAUAUGAGUAUGUUUGUUCAUCUAAUAAAUCAGUGAGCUGUUCUUCAUGUAACUGGAUUUUUGUUGGUGGUUUGUUUUAAUGGUAUAUAUUAAUAAUAGUCUAUUGCGCUAUGAUAAUGCUUUAGAGUAAUGACUUAAAAUAUGUGUAAUACUCAGUUUUAAACUGAAUUUUUAAUUUUAAUAUAGAAUGCAUAGAAACAAAAUAUCCAAAAAGAAUAUGAUUAUGAUUUAUGAGUAUUUGGUGAAAUAUGUAGUGAUUAACCAUGAAUAAAACAGGGUCUGGAGAUGUAAUUCAGUGGUAGAGUGCUUGCCUAGUAUGUGUAAGGCGUUGGGUUCCAACCCCUAGGUGUUGGGUUCCAAAAAAACAAGCAAACCAAAAAACCCCACACCCCACUAUUUAUACUUUUGUAAUAUAGGGGGGAAAGGGACAAUACUAAAACACCAAUGAGUAUGUAAUUUUGGUGUGGUGCAUUGUGUUCUGUGAGAAAAAAAAUUUUUAUUAAUUAGGCAAGAUAUCUCAUUGAGAGAUUAGUGAGUUAAUUCAUGGGGUGGGGUUGUAACUCAGUGAUACAAUGCUUACUUGGUAUGGCUGAGGCCCUGGGUUCAAUCUCCAGCAUGAAAUUUUUAAAAAAUGUAUUUUAGACAUGCAACAUUGAUUAUGUCACAUAUACUAGAAACUAUGUACUUGGAAGCAUACCAAUUGUCUAUGGAAGGAUUAAUUGAGAACCAAUGAUGGAGGUAAAUGUUAUUUGUGGCUGCUUUGUUGGUUUGAAUUCUUUUGUGGUGGGUAUUAAACCUAGGACCUGCUUGCUAAGUAUGUGCUUUACCACAGCUACAUGCCUAGCCCUGUGUGGCUGGUUUUUAAGGAUUUUUUUUUUCCUUGUGGUACUGGGGAUCAAACCCAGGGCCUCAUACAUUCCAGAAGUGCUCUACCAUUGAACUACAACCCCAGCUUAAGGAUUUUUGAAUAUUGAGGAAUUUGUUUUUCAUAUCUUUCCAAGAUAAAGACAUAGCAACUGAUAGACAAUUUUGGAGUCAAUUCAUUGUGAAGGAAUUUUCCAUCUUUUAUAUCUAUGAUAUUUUAGCUGCACCAAGUAGAAAUUCAGCAAAUAUAUGUGUAUAUUAAAGUCUGUUUAGCUAUUUUUCACGUUUAUCUCCUAGUGGUUGUAAAUAAAAUAUUCCUAUACAUGAAGUUAAAAUUUGCACUUGAUUAAUGUAAUGGAUUAUGUAAUCUUUAUUUUUCAAAAAAAUAUUUUCCAGUGCUGGAUAAGAAACUUGGAGACUCACACAGGCAAGUGCUCUGCUACUGAGCAAUAGCCCCAUAAGGUGUGUACUAGCAUCAAUGAACAAUGCUAUUUUCAUCAUAAAGAUACCUGAAAACUUAAGUAUAUUUGGGGGUAAAAUAUACUAUGCCAUUAACAAAAGUUAAGAACUUAAAUU